AUGGAAAAGUACACCAAUUGGAGAGACAAUGGUACGGGAAUAGCUCCAUUUCUACCAAACACAAUCAGGAAACCUAGUAAGGUGAUGACAGCGUGUUUGUUGGGUAUCCUAGGGGUGAAAACCAUUAUAAUGCUACCAUUGAUUAUGCUGUACCUUCUAACUGGCCAGAACAACUUACUGGGUUUGAUAUUGAAGUUUACAUUCAGUUGGAAAGAGGAAAUUACCGUGCAAGGAAUCAAGAAACGUGACGUAAGGAAAUCCAAGCAUUAUCCACAGAAGGGCAAGCUUUAUAUUUGCAAUUGUACCUCACCUUUAGAUGCUUUUUCAGUGGUGUUAUUAGCUCAAGGGCCUGUUACGUUGUUGGUCCCAUCCAAUGACAUUGUAUACAAAGUUUCCAUAAGAGAAUUCAUCAACUUCAUCCUCGCCGGUGGGUUAGAUAUAAAACUCUAUGGCCACGAGGUAGCAGAGCUAUCUCAAUUGGGCAAUACCGUGAAUUUUAUGUUUGCUGAGGGUACCUCAUGUAAUGGUAAAAGCGUCUUACCGUUUAGUAUAACCGGGAAAAAACUUAAAGAAUUCAUAGACCCUUCAAUAACCACAAUGAACCCCGCAAUGGCCAAAACUAAAAAAUUUGAAUUGCAGACCAUCCAAAUCAAAACUAAUAAAACUGCCAUCACCACAUUGCCCAUCUCCAAUAUGGAGUAUUUAUCUAGAUUUCUGAACAAGGGCAUUAAUGUUAAAUGCAAGAUCAACGAGCCACAAGUACUCUCGGAUAAUUUAGAGGAAUUACGCGUUGCAUUAAACGGUGGCGACAAAUAUAAACUAGUCUCACGGAAGUUAGAUGUUGAAUCUAAGAGGAAUUUUGUGAAGGAAUAUAUCAGCGAUCAACGUAAAAAGAGGAAGUAG